AUGAUGCUUUCAGAAGAUUUUCCGGCUCUUCCGUGGUGGGCAUGGGCUCUCCUCGCUGUUCUUGUCUACACUGUCGGAACAAACACAAGCUAUUAUGUGAGAUCCCGCAGGCUGGGAGCUUCGUCUGCCCCAUUCUUGAAUGAUCACUUCUACGGCUUCUGGUUUACUAAAGAGAUCUUGCGCAGGCGCAAGACCGGUGAAAUGCCCGAGAUGUUCCAGGAAAUGUAUAAAAAGGUGAAGAGAGACAGUCUCCUCUUCAGAACCACAGGCAACUUGAGAUAUUGCACUCGUGAUCCGGAGAAUAUCAAGGCCGUCUUGGGCACGCAGUUCAACGACUUCUCCUUGGGGCUUCGCCACAAACAGUUCAAAGUUGUCCUUGGCGAUGGAAUCUUCACUUUGGAUGGCGCUGGCUGGAAACACUCGAGAGCUAUGCUCAGACCCCAGUUUGCCAGGGAGCAGGUCUCUCACGUCACCAUGUUGGAGCCGCAUGUCCAGCAGGUAAUCAGACGAAUUCGGGCUACUGGCGGUACCAAGUUCGAUAUUCAGCCGCUAUUCUUCAAAUUGACAAUUGACUCGGGAACCGAGUUUUUGUUUGGCGAGUCCUGCUCCUCUCUCCAGGAUGACAUCGUUGACUACUCCCAACUCACCGGCCCCGCAGAGAUGGGUGAGUUCCCAAAAGCAUUCAACUUAUCCCAGCUGUACCUACUCAUGAGAAUGGGGUUCCUGCAGCUUUACUUCCUUCUCAACACCCCCGAGUUCCGCAAGAGCAACAAGAUCGUUCACGGCUUUGCAGACUACUAUGUUAAUAAGGCACUCAAUGCCACUGAUGAAGAAAUUGAGAAGGGCUCUCAAGGAGGCUAUGUCUUUUUGUAUGAGUUGGUGAAGCAGACGAGAAACCCUAAGGUAUUGAGAGACCAGUGCUUGAACAUCCUUGUAGCUGCUAGAGAUACUACCGCAGGUCUUUUGUCGUUUGUAUUCUUUGAGCUUGCAAGAAACCCAGCUAUUUUCAACAAAUUGCGUUCGGAGAUAGUCGACGCUUUUGGUGAAGGGGAAUCGGCCGACCUCAGCAAGAUGACGUUUGAAUCACUUAAGAGGCUCGAGUAUUUGAAGUGGGUGCUCAAUGAGACCUUGAGAUUAUACCCUUCUGUUCCUCAAAACUCGAGGUUGGCGACCAGAGACACAACGCUUCCAAGAGGUGGAGGUCCAGAUGGAAAUGAUCCAGUUUUCAUCCCAAAGGGUGAAGUUGUUGUCUACACGGUGUACUCUAUGCACAGAAACCCGGCAAUCUAUGGCGAAGAUGCUCAUAUCUUCCGUCCUGAAAGAUGGGGAGAGCCAGACCUCAAAAAGGUCGGCUGGGGCUUCCUACCUUUCAAUGGUGGUCCACGUAUCUGUUUGGGGCAGCAGUUUGCCUUGACUGAAGCCUCUUAUGUUACUGUGAGGCUCUUGCAGAACUUCUCGAGGAUUCUGUCGUUUGACGAGCCGGGUGACCCAAAGAAGAAUACACACUUGACGAUGUCACUACUCAAUGGAGCUAAUAUCAGUUUGUCUUGA